UUGAAAGUCCGUCUUGCAAAAAACAGAUAGUUUGAGGGUUUUCUUGCAAAUUGAUUGUCGUCGACUAAAGAUACCCUAAAAAUCGAAUCGCUUCUUCAACUUCGCCGUAGUGCGCUCAUCCAUCGUAAUGGCGAGCAACAAUCCGUCGCAGCUUCUUCCAUCAGAGCUAAUAGACAGGUGCAUAGGGUCGAAGAUAAGGGUGAUAAUGAAAGGAGACAAGGAGCUCGUUGGGGUUCUCAAAGGCUUCGACGUUUACGUCAACAUGGUCCUUGAGGAUGUCACCGAGUAUGAGAUCACAGCAGAAGGAAGCCGUGUAACGAAGCUUGAUCAGAUUCUACUCAAUGGCAACAACAUCGCCAUUUUGGUGCCAGGUGGAGCUCCAGAAGACGUAGAAUGAGAUUUUGGUUUUUGAUCCAACUCUUUUGUUCACAAGACAAGUUACUAGUUGAUCAUUUCUCAACUCAUAAUGACAAAUUGUUCUAUUGAAGUUCAGUAGUUCAGUGGUUCUACUUAUUCAACUUCUCUUUGCGUUGUUCUAUUGACCGUUGCUUCUUUUA